AUGGGUUCUGCUCAUAUUUUUUAUACAGUUGCCUGUUUUUACAAUGUUGCUUCACUGGAUGUCUUAGUAACACAUUCAACACAAUAUCCACCAGUUCUGAAUGAGUUCAACACAAAAGAUGUGUCUUUCCUGAACCUCAGUGGUCUCAGCCUUGGAAGAAGCUACCUCGAUUGCCUGAGGCAACAUAACCAGCUACAGGUCCUACUUCUGAACAACUCCAAUUUAGAGACUUUGGAUGAUACAGUAUUCUCAAACAUAUCUAGUCUUAAACAGCUCUAUCUACAAGACAACAGGCUAAUGGAUUUUCCAUCCAAACCAAUGCUUCCACUUACUCAUCUCCAAGUCUUAAUUAUCAAUAACAAUUACAUCAAGGAGAUCAAGCCAGAUGCCUUUCAGGAGCUAAAGGAGCUCAAAGAGCUUCACCUGGGGCCCCAGGUGCAGUUUCAAAACUUUGAUUAUCAAGCCCUGCUUCCUCUGAAAAAGAUUAAGGUGCUGAUUCUCAGAGGCCUCAACCUCACGUUCGUGCCUGUCAUUAAUCAGAUGCAGCUGCUUCAGGAUUUGGAUUUAUCUGAUAAUCAGAUUGAUAGAGUAUUAUCACAGUAUUUUUAUAAUCUCACCAGACUCCAGACGCUACAAUUGGCAGGGUCUGGGAUUACAUUUAUCAGCAAAUCAGCCUUCAGCUCUCAGAAGAACCUGCGCCUGUUGGACUUGUCCAGGAACAAGCUAAUCACCCUUUCGAAAGAAACACUAAGUCCCAUUAUUGGGUCAAGACGUAGUGCUGUGGUCAUUAUUUUGGCUCAGAACUCAUUUCACUGCGAUGCCAGCAUGUGCCUGAUGAAGAGAUGGCUGGACACUGUAAAGAUGCGCGUGCGGCUCGACCUGAUGUGUUACAGCCCUGAGAGUCUCAAAGGACAGUCAAUGACCCAGCUACUGCUCACUGACUUCAACUGUGUAAAAGAGCCUAAUUUUGCAUUUCUACCCAAAGCUUCACACAUAAACAAAACUACUGUGGCACACUCAUUUCUUGGGAAAGGGAUCAUUGGCGUCAUAAUAGUUGCUGCAGCUGCACCUAUUCUUCUCAUCUCCAUUAUAUACUUAGCAUCAUCAAAGUCAAUUCAACAAUCUCGUCUCAUGAAACAUUGUGCCUGCAACAAUAUGGGAUCCACUCAGCAAGGGAAAGAAGAGGCAGCCACAAACAGCUUUCCUCUAUAAGCAUAAUGCAAACUGUAUUUACAAAACCUGCAUGUACAACAACUGAAUACCUACAGCUGUAACUCUAAUGUACCAUGACAAAAAUAGGAGACAUGAUCCCUGUGCUUAGCAGGUUUUGACUUGUUCAUACACCCUUCAUCCAAUGUGUUGAACACAUUUCUGGAAAUGGAAUGUAUGCCACUUUUUUCAGAUAAUUGUUGAAAAAAAACAUGCAGUUGCUUUUUAACAGUGCCAAGAAUGUGGAAACAUUUAUCCACAUCAUCUGCCAAGUGAUUGACCAAUUACCUGGAAAAUACUUCCCGUUGACUUCGGCUGGUUCAAAAUUAGGGAAUUAAAUUUAUAUUAAAGAACU